UGCGCAGUUUCCAGCAUGUGAAGCUCGCGUGCGUUUUGUGCGCUAAUCACAGCUCCGCGCGCGCUCCGGUUUCCUGCUCGGUUUCAGGGAUUUACUGAGGAUAAAAACCGCGGAGGAGCAGCAGCAGGACAGACGGAUGAGUGGUGUGACAUCUCUCCUCAGAAGACUGAAGGCUGCACGUACUUACAAGUCCAUUUAAUUCUCAUUGGUCUGCUUGCACAUUAUAAUGAAUAUUUAAAAAAAAAAAGUGUCCACACCUCCUGCCAUUCCAGUGCUGGUAAAUCAGAUUUUUUGGAAUAAGGGGGUGGGACAUGACUCAUUGGCCAUGUGGGCUGCCAUGUUAACAGGCCUUUGUAGCCCCUUCCCCCUCCUCUGGUUAGUCCAGCUCUUAUUGUGGCCAUAUCUCAGUGGACCCCAACUGGCUGAGGCGACACCCCCUUGCCCCGCCCCCUGUAGCUGCUCCAAUCAGGCAAGUCGGGUGAUUUGUACCAGAAAGGGACUGGAUGAAGUCCCACAAAGCAUCUCAGUCAACACACGAUACCUCAACCUGCAGGAAAACUCCAUACAGAUGAUCAAAUCUGACACCUUUAAACACCUGAGUCACCUGGAGAUCCUUCAGCUGUCAAAGAAUCACAUUCGUCAGAUCGAAGUUGGAGCAUUUAAUGGCCUCCCAAACCUCAUCACACUUGAGCUUUUCGAUAAUCGUCUGCCACUGGUCCCAUCACAAGCAUUUGAAUAUCUCAGUAAACUGCGUGAACUCUGGCUGCGAAAUAAUCCAAUAGAAACGCUCCCAGCCUAUGCUUUCCAUCGUGUCCCUUCCCUCCGUCGUUUGGACCUUGGUGAACUCAGAAAGCUCAGUUUCAUCUCAGAGGCGGCCUUUGAAGGACUAGUAAACCUCCGCUUCCUGAAUUUGGGAAUGUGUGGAUUGAAAGAUGUUCCAAACUUGACGCCGCUCGUGAAACUAGAGGAACUUGAACUUUCUGGGAACCAGCUAGGCGUAGUUCGUCCAGGAUCAUUCCAAGGUCUUGUUUCACUACGCAAGUUGUGGCUUAUGCACUCACGCAUCUCACUGAUUGAACGCAAUGCUUUUGAUGACCUAAAGAACCUAGAGGAGCUUAACCUGUCCCACAAUUCCUUGCAUUCACUGCCCCAUGACCUUUUUACACCACUGCAACAGCUCGAAAGGGUUCACCUGAACCACAAUCCCUGGGUUUGUAACUGCGAUGUUCUCUGGCUCAGUUGGUGGUUGAAGGAGACUGUGCCAGAUAACUCCACCUGCUGUGCCCGCUGCCAUGCUCCGCCUGGCACCAAAGGGCGCUACAUUGGCGACCUGGAUCAGAGAGACUUCACUUGCUAUGCUCCUGUGAUCGUGGAGCCUCCAACUGACCUGAAUGUGACUGAGGGAAUGGCAGCAGAGCUGAAAUGCCGAACUGGGACAUCCAUGACGUCUGUGAACUGGUUGACACCUAAUGGAACCCUGAUGACCCAUGGUGCUUACAAAGUACGAAUCUCAGUGUUACAUGAUGGUACCCUGAACUUCACUAAUGUCACCAUGCAGGAUACUGGCCCAUACACUUGCAUGGUGACCAACUCGGCCGGAAACACCACGGCAACCGCUGUCCUUAACGUGUCUGCCUCUGACCCUGGCAAUGGAUACAGCUACUUUACAACAGUUACUGUGGAAACAGUGGAAACGGGGCAGGAAAUUCAUGACUCUGCUCGGCAAUUUGUCAAUGAGACCUUAAUCGCUUUUCCAGGACCAACAGUAUCAUCAGGGUCAACAGGACCUUCAGGAUCUGUGCCGUCGUCCCUGUCACCUCAUGUUACUCGUGCUCCAGAGCGCCCUUUUACAGUCUCUAUCACUGACGUUGCUAAUCUUUCAGGUCUUGAGGACGUAAUGAAGACAACAAAGAUCAUAAUUGGCUGCUUUGUGGCCAUCACCUUCAUGGCUGCCGUGAUGCUUGUGGUUUUCUACAAACUAAGGAAGCAGCACCAGCUGCACAAACAUCAUGGUCCUGCCCGUGCCAUUGAGAUAAUCAAUGUUGAGGAUGAACUGGGGCCACCAGGGGGUGCCAGUGGCAUCGCAGGUGGUUCCACUCUUCACUCUGGGGCAGGACCAGGAACUGGCGGUGGACCUGGACCAAAUCUUCGAAUCCACGACCCUGAAAUUGUCACUCUGCCCAACAUUGGGCGCUCAGAUCAUGUCAAUCACUACUACAAAUCUCACCACUUUAACAACAACGUUCUGGGACUCAACAUGGGGGUGGGACAAACUGGCAACAAGACAAGCCCCUCCUCCAAAAAACAGGCCCCAUCUACCAAUCAGACAGCCACAUCUGUUGACUCCACUAAUCCUGGAUCUGUCUCUCCUCCGUUACCGAUUCCGAUCCCAAUGGCGAUGACUUUCCACGGAACACUGAAGAGCUUAAGCCACACCCCCAGCUCUCAGAACGAGCCGCUGCUGCUGUCCAAUGGGUCCAAGGAGAGUGUUCAGGAGACACAGAUCUAAACACACACACAGCGAAGUGUUAAGGAGCCAGUGGAUAGCGACAUACGGACAUUUGUGGGAAUUUCAUUUCGGGGACUCGGAGGAUUAUGAAAUCAAACACAUCGUUUGUACAAAGAAAUGUGACGGAAUUGGCACUACUGCGACAUGUGCCAAAGAAAACGCCUUUUGUUUUUGCAGUUUCUACAAAGUUGUAUCUGUGUAUAAAAUAUAGUCUAUAAUCCAAGUAGCGUUAAUUCCCUACGUGUUGUUUUGCCACAGGCGAAGAACACUGAAGAACCUGUACGAAAUCACACACACUCAUUGAGGAGAACAUCCUGGAUCUGUCUCCUCACAUGAUGUAUGUGUGAUAUAGAGUGUGAGUUUAUACUGAAACUGAAACAGACUGUAGUCAUCAGAACACACACACACACACACACAUACCCAGCUACUCUCUGACUGCUGAGCUGUAGGAUUUUAAUGCACAAAAUGAGCCUCGGUUUAUUAACCGCAACUUCAAACAUAUUCGAUGGUACGUGAGGACAUGUGAAGAAAGUUGUGUGUGUGUGUGUGUGUGUGAACAAUCUGUAAACAAAUUGAUUUUCUUGCUGUGUUUUCAGUAUCUUUUUGUCUCUUUUCACUUUCAUCUAUCAUCUGUCAAAUUUAACGUUAACAUCGGCUUUUUUCUCAUUUUCACCACAGCAACAAACACAAUAAACACAACAAUAAAUACACAACAAACACAACAAUAAAUACACAACAAACACAUAUUCAGAGUUGGUGAAUUAAGUCCAAAAGUUGUCAAUAAUGUCAAUAUUUACGUGGAGAUAGUUUUCAGCAUCAGGUUACGCAGCUGCUUAACUGAAUUUUCUGAGUUCCACAUUCAGAUUAUUAAAAUCACCUGUGUGUAGCGUCCAAAACAGGGUUUUUCAAGUAUCUAGACCAUCAGGGAUAGAAAAUGAGGACUGAAGAUGCAGAUUAUGUGUGCACAACUUAAUGAGGCCACAAGGUACAAAAUCAAGGUCAUGAAAUUGUAAUGUGUGCAGGAUGUAGGAGAUUUUAUCACACUUUUAAUUCUCUAUUUUGAUUUGUUUAAUAAUAAAAUUAAGUCAGACAUUGUGUUAAUUCUGUGCGCUCUCCUGUAAAGAAAACAUGCUCACAGUAUGAAGGAUAAGUUGACUGAGCGCUCAUCUGCUAUGCUUACAGAGAAAUGUUAAGUUCAUUCAUUAUUUUAUCCAAUAAAUAAUUCACUCCUUAAUGUCUCUGAUUAAGAUGCAGUGUUCUCUGUGUGAUUAAAAAAUAGUGUCAUUAUGUAUGUAUUUAAUAUUGGCCUUGAAAGACAUUCCAUUGUUUUUGGAGCAUAUUUACAGCCAAAACAUAAAUUUGACAUUAGCAUGACGUUAGUGGUUACAUUACACUGUCAGACAGGCGUAACGGACCUAGCACUGCUCCUCACUUGAGCCGAAAUGACACAAGAAAAACGCGCUGAAGUUUAAGGUCAGACUUGAGUGUAAUUGAAACACACCUCUGUUUUAAACAAACUCCACCUCCACAUGCGUAACUCUCUGAAUCGUGCUUAAGUCUUUAGUUACAUCUAAAGUUGUAAGUCCUCACUGCGUGCUUAACUCAACUCUGAAUAUGGAGCUAGGGUUAACCUCUCACCAUAACCUCAAACAUCAUCUUAAACACUAAUAACUUUACACAGACUAAAGAAUUCAUACAACUUUGAUCACACAGAUGACACAGAUGCCUGACGGAAAUAUAAUGGGAUGUGCUGGUGUUCUGGUGUGUUCAUGGAGCUGCACUAAAGCGUAUAUUUGCACGUAAUUAAAACUACUUUUCAGGAGCUUGAGGAGGAAAUUCAGGACUAAUGCUAGGUUUUAGAGGUCAAAGUUCAUGAUUAGCUGUUUUAUAUGUUAUGUUUAGGAGUUCAGGCUAUAAUUUUGCAGUUUGCUGUUAGUUGGUGGUUAUAGUUAAGUUGUAAAGUUUCCGGGUUUUAGGGGAUAGAGUUUAGAAAAUAUUGUAAGGCCUAAAUGUUAGGGUGUAGCGGUUGUAGCUAAUGUUUUAUUAUAGUUUUGGGUUAUGGUUUUAAGGUUAAGGUUCUGAAGAAGGUUAGUGGAUAAGGGAUUAGGUUUAGAAUUGAAAGAUACUGCUAAGUGUUUAUUAGCAGGGUUUUAGGUUUGAUGUUUAGUGCAGUUAGGGAGUUAGGGGUUAUAAUUUGCCAUUUGGGGGUUUAGUGGUUAUUAUUUAAUGUUAAUGUUUAGUAUUAGGAAGUGAAGAGUUAAAUAUAAGAGGUUAGGGUUGAUGAAUUGAGGUUCAUUGAAGUGGUUAUUAUUUGAGGUUAAUGUUUAGGUUCUACAGUAAUUUUGGGUUUAGCCGCAGAGAUUAGAUCAGCUUUAGGGGUUAAUGUUUAGUGGAGUAUAAUUUGAAGAUGAGGGUUUAUGGUGUACAGUUUGUUGGUACACCAGACUUUAGGGGUUAGGGGUUAUAUGGAUUGGGGGUAUUAGGGCUUAUAAGGAUUAGGGAUUAGGGGAUAAGGGUUAUAGUAAUUAGGGCUGUAUAGUUCUGUAGUCAUGUAGAAAUCCAUUCUGGGCUUUAGUGUGCUACUGAGCUUUGGGCUUUAACGCUGUCGGUUAGUGUGUUGCUAAGCUGUUGCUAGGAGACUUCCACAGCAUUGGUGUGUGUGUGUGUGUGCACGCUGAUGCAGUGUAUCAGGAGGUAAAAAGGUCAUUUAACAGUACAUCAAAAUUAUUUUAUAAGUGCUCCGAUGUUUGAUUAGGUUAUUGAGAUUAAGAUGUUAUUGUGUAUCAGAGUGUGUUAGUGUGCUCACAUUACCACCAGAACACCAACACACACACACACACACACACACACACACACACAGAGUUAUACACUCAUACACACAAUACACAUACAACUGAACCCCAUGCAAACACAUUCAUUCAUUCAUUCAUUCAUUCAUUUUCUCUCUCUCCCUCUCUCUCUCUUCCUUUCUUUCUUACUUUGUGUGCAUAUGUGUGUGUGUGUGUGUGUGUGUGUGUGUGAGAGAGAUAUUAAGAGAGCUUCAGGAAUCAGUGAAUCCUGAACUUAAUUUCAGAUCACACUUCUCUCAUUCACCUCCACAGCCAGCAGGACUACAUUUCCCAUCAUGCACCAGCACGAGUGACCCUCACCUGAACCUGAGGGAGCGCUUAUCUCUUUCUUGAUUGGUUUUGUGCAGACUGUCUGAUCUAAGUUAUUAACGACAAACAUCUGAUGAACAUCUGAUGUCAUCCAUCAUGUUAGAUCUGAAACUCAGAUUGGAAACAUAUCGUCAUUGAUAUAUUGAAUUUAUUUUUUGUGCAGUUUGGAAAGUAUGAUCAAUGGGAAAUCAAAUAUCUGAUAAGCAUCAGAAAGAGGUGUCUGAUCAGUCUUUGACUGGAAGGAAUGUUCUAAUGAUAUUCAGAUUAGAAAGUCUGAUCAGUCAUUCCAGUCUGAUUGGAAUGAACCUCAUCAGAGUUAUCUUGUAAAGGAAAUUCUCAUCACUAUUAUAAAACGACUUCUGAUUAACAGCGAAGAUCUAAUUAGUCUUUGAUUGGAUAGGAUCAGAGGGGUAUUAUAUCCAAAAGUCUAAUCAGCAUUAGACUGGACAGGAAAGUAUAAUAUGUCUAAUCUAAAAAAAAAGAAAGAGGUCUGAUCUGUUUUAUGUUGAACAUUGGACAUUUGAUUAGGUUUGGAUAGGGACAUGAAAGUCAUUGACCAUUAAAAGCAGUGUUGGGGGAAAGUUUGGUCAGGGGGAGGGAAGUCUGCUCAAUAACAUGAAAGUCUAAUCAGUGUUAGAUUGGAUAGUCUGAUCAGUAUUGUAUUGGAGAGUCCUAUCAGUGUUAGAUUGGGAAGAGAUCCAAAAGUCUGAUGAGCAUGAUCAGCAUUAGAUUGGAAAAUCUGAUCAAUGUAAGAUUAGAAAGUCUGACCAUGAACAUUUAUGUCUUAUCCGUGUUGGAUUGGAAAGUCUGAUCAGCAUUAGAUUGUACAGUCUGAUCAAAAUUGGAUUGGAUAGUCUGCUCAGCAUUGGAUUUUAAAGUCUGAUCAGAAAUCUGAUCAGAGUGUGAUUGGAAAGUCUGACCAGCAUUAGAUUUUAAAGGCUUAUCAUUAUCAUUUAUGUCUGAUCAGUGUUCGAUUAGAAAGUCUCAUCAGUGUUAUAUUGGACUUAGAUUGAAAAGUCUGAUCAAUGUUAUAUUGGAAAGUCUGAUGAGCACUGAAGUGGAAAGUUUGAUCAGUGUGAGAUUGGAAAGUCUGAUCAGCAUUAAAAUCUGAUCAACAUUAGAUUGGAAAGUUUGAUCAGUGUGAUCAGACAGCAGGUCUGAGAUCAGAAAGUCUGCAUUCAGUGCACUACGCUCAGCCAUAUACAAGAACCAGACGCCUCAUUAAAGCCUGUCUUGCUUUUUAUCUCUCUUUCCUUCAUUCCGUCUGUCUCUCCAUUCUGCCUCUCUCUCCUCCAUCCUGUCUCUCUUUCUCCAUCCUGUCUCUCUCUCUCUCUCUCUCUCUCUCUCUCUCCUGAGUGCUUGUUCACUUCUCCGCCUGUUGCCAUGUAAAUAAAUCUAAAGAUGUAAAUAUUCUCUAUUUUUCGACUGUCAGUGUGAAUAAUACUCGUUCAGUAUUAAAAAACAGACAGAAGGUUAUGGAAGCAUUUGCAUUUCUCUUUUUGCCAUUGCCCCUCCCUCGUUCCCUUUCUCUAUCUGUCUCACUCUCUGUCUCACCUCUCCCUGUUUCCUUCUCCAUGUCUCUCCUCUUCAUUUGUCUCUUCCCAUGUCAUUCUCCCUGUCACACUCUCGCUGUCUCACUCUCGCUGUCUCACUCUCCCUGUCACACUCUCGCUGUCUCAUUCUCCCUGUCACAGUCUCGCUGUCUCACUCUCCCUGUCUCACUCUCCUUGUCUCACUCUCUCUGUCUCACUCUCCCUGUCUCACUCUCAGGAACAUAACAGAUGCAGCGUUCGCUCUCCUGCUUCGUCCUGUUCUGUUGUUAUUUGUAUGGAGAAUAUUAAAGAAAUGUUUUUGCUGUUGGUUUUUUGUUUGUUUGUUUGUUUUUAAUUUGAUACUAGUCAAAGGCUGGGAUUGGCUGAGAUGAUGAUGAUGAUGAUGAUGAUGAUAUGUCCGAGGUUGAAGGUCAGGGGUCAAAGGUUGUGCCAAAAGCUUCUGUGUGUGAGUGCCAUUCGCUACACUGAACUUUACCAAUAAAAACCUGGACAUUGUGCUUUUCUAAA